AUGACUGGUGAAGGACAUGAAUUUCAGCGCCGUGGGUCUGUGGCCUUAGAGCGCCGACUAUCUCAGUCGUUCAUAAGAUAUGCCUGGUCUGCUCCUCCGUCCGAUAGCAUCUACGCAGGAAUUUCGGCCCAUUUCUCCGACAAUCAUGCCUCCGUUAUCGCGAUCUCCCUCCGGGACUGUACUUACCUGCUCGACUCCUUUGAAAACGUUUUCGAUCAUCGAAAACAACCAUCUUGCGAAGAGGCAACCGAGUUUAUCGUCUCUCGGCUCAGAACUUAUGGAGAGAAACACUUGGAGAAGAUCGUCGGAGUGGCAAUGCCCAUGCACGUUGCGCACCACUGCCCUCGACUUUGUUCGCGCCUUUGGGCCGAGCUCGACAUCAUCCCAUUAGUCUUGCCCGAAUCCUACUUAAUGGACCGCUUGUUUGGACCAGAAAACAUUCCCUUGCUGCAAGUGGGCUAUAUGGGCCUCGUGGAGGUGGACACCGACUUCCACGUGCGACUAGCAAAUCGUGAAGAUUUCCAAAAGACCGUGUCUCACCAAACCUGGGCAGCGGUACAGCAUUUCGCUUCGGAUCUCAAGAAGCGGAAAGUCAGCAUUGCGUUCUUCAGUGCGACGCCGCAGGGAGGGGGUGUGGCUUUAAUGCGACAUGCUCUAUUGCGAUUGGCGCAUUCAUUGGACGUAGAUAUCAAAUGGUUCGUCCCGAAGCCCCGACCAGGCGUCUUCCGAGUCACCAAGAACAACCACAAUAUCCUUCAAGGCGUUGCAAGCCCAGAUGCACGCUUGACCUCGGAGAACCAAAAGUCAUUGACGGAUUGGAUCGAAGACAAUGCGAAGCGCUACUGGUGCAGCCCCGGCGGCCCUCUGUGCUCACCAUCAGAGGGCGGAGCAGAUGUCAUCAUUGUAGAUGAUCCUCAGAUGCCUGGAUUGAUUCCGAUUUCCAAGCAAAAUGCUCCAGACAGACCAGUUAUCUUCCGCAGUCACAUUCAGAUCCGAAGCGACCUUGUCGAUACGCCCGGCACCCCUCAAGCAGAGGCAUGGGCUUUCUUGUGGAAGCAAAUCAAGAUUGCCGACUGCUUCAUCAGUCACCCAGUGAGCGCGUUUGUGCCCCAAGAUGUGCCCCUUGAAAUGCUAGGCUACAUGCCGGCCUCGACCGAUUGGCUGGAUGGCUUAAACAAGAACAUGCGCGACUGGGAUGUGGCUCACUACGGCCGCCAUUUCAGCGCAGCAUGCAGGAAUGCGGGCAUGCCGAUAAUCCAGUAUCCAGACGAUCGGUACAUCGUGCAGGUCGCACGGUUCGACCCCGCUAAAGGAAUCUUCGAUGUGCUAGACUCGUACGAGAAAUUUUACGAUAGGCUUGUCCAGAACCGGCCAGAUCUCAGACCGCCAAAGCUCUUGAUCUGUGGACAUGGCUCUGUCGAUGAUCCAGACGGAGCAGUGAUUUAUGAUCAAGUGAUAGAUCACAUUGAGCUCAAGAUACCACAUCUCCGUGACCACAUCUGUGUGAUGCGACUGAAGCCCUCAGAUCAAGUUCUGAACGCAGUCCUUUCCAAAGCCACAAUUGCCUUGCAGCUUUCCACCAGAGAAGGUUUCGAGGUGAAAGUAUCCGAGGCGAUUCACAAGGGCAAACCUGUGAUAGCCACGCGGGCUGGUGGCAUCCCACUUCAAGUGGAGAAUAACAAGAACGGUUUCUUGGUGGAUGUUGGUGACACCGAUGCUGUGGCGGGACAUCUGUACGAUCUAUGGACUGACGAGGCACUGUACGACCGCAUGGCGACGUAUGCGAUUAGUCAUGUUUGCGAUGAGGUGAGUACGGUAGGUAAUGCGCUGUCCUGGCUAUACCUAUGCUCGACUCUCUCAAAGGGUGAGUCGGUGCAGCCGCACGGUCGGUGGAUCAAUGAUAUGGCCUUCGAAGCGAGCGGUAUCCGCCCGGAUGAUAUACCUCGACUGAAGCGGGCCGUGGAGGUUGCCAAGAUGGGUUGA